UGACCCUUACCAUACCUCAGCUUGAUAAAAUCGUUGCGUUCGGGACUUCCGGGCUAAAUAGAUCUUUUUUAUCUCCAAAAUAUCUCAUGUCCUACAUCCCAUCAAGAGCCAAUUUGCUGCUACACAUUCCCAAGGCCGAGGUAUAACAGGCGCGGGGAAUCUGACGUGUGAUUUGGCGUCACUGUGCGACGACAGCAACCCGCGGGACGUGAAAAAUUACCACGUGAGGACGUGACUGGAGAAAAUAAACACCUGAAUCGAACGGCCUUCACGACUGGUUAACGUUACAGAGAGACGCUGCCAUGGAAAAAGAGAGAGUGGAGGAUCUUCCGCCAACACUACCAACGGAGGAAGGACUUAAUCAAGACACAGACAUAGUAGGGAAUGUGCACAACGCCUUUAGCAAGCAGAGUCCUCUUGAAGAUGGCAGUACUACUACUAGAAGUGGGAAGGUACUAGAAGAGGGCCAAGGCGAUUCUAUUACAGAAAACGCGUUGAACGCUACUAGCCAGUCCCCUGCUGACGAACCCUGGGAUGUUGGUAAGGAGGAGGAAGAAGAUGGAAAAGAUGCAGAUGAGGAGACUGACCCAGAAUGGUUGGACAUUUUGGGCAAUGGAAAACUGAAGAAAAAGGUGAUAGUGAAGGGAGGGGAUGAGAGCACCCGGCCCCGCCCAGGUCAGGAGGUGACCAUCUGGAGCAGGGGGAGGUUAGAGGAUGGCACGACGGUGGACCAGCAUGACGAGAUCACUUUUGGACUGCAGGAGGGAGAUGUCAUCCAAGCCUGGGAUCUCUGUGUGUCACUUAUGGGCAUGGGAGAGACGUGUGAAGUAAUUGUAGAUGCCCUGUAUGCAUAUGGAGCUCUUGGAAGAGAACCAGACAUUCCAGAAAAUGCUACCAUCACUUAUGAGUUGCAGCUGCUGAAUGCAGAAAACAAGCCGGACCUCUUCACUAUGAGUGCAGAAGACAAGUGCAAACUUGGGGAUAAAAAGAGAGAAAGAGGGAACUGGUGGUAUAGCCGCAAUGACUACAUGCUGGCAUGUCACUGUUAUGAACAGGCUGUGAAGAUACUUGAAUCACCAUCCAAGGAGAAACCCGAGACAGACAGUGAGAUAGUAAAACAGAUGGAUGACAUCAGACUGAAGAGUUAUAACAACAUGGCUGCUGCUCAGCUCAAGGCAAAGAACUAUGACACAGCCAAGAAGUCAUGUGAGGCAGUCCUGGCCAUCCAUCCAGACAAUGUGAAGGGGCUCUUCAGACUUGGAAAGGUGAUAGUGAAGGGAGGGGAUGAGAGCACCCGGCCCCGCCCAGGUCAGGAGGUGACCAUCUGGAGCAGGGGGAGGUUAGAGGAUGGCACGACGGUGGACCAGCAUGACGAGAUCACUUUUGGACUGCAGGAGGGAGAUGUCAUCCAAGCCUGGGAUCUCUGUGUGUCACUUAUGGGCAUGGGAGAGACAUGUGAAGUAAUUGUAGAUGCCCUGUACGCAUAUGGAGCUCUCGGAAGAGAACCAGACAUUCCAGAAAAUGCUACCAUCACUUAUGAGUUGCAGCUGCUGAAUGCAGAGAACAAGCCGGACCUCUUCACUAUGAGUGCAGAAGACAAGUGCAAACUUGGGGAUAAGAAGAGAGAAAGAGGGAACUGGUGGUAUAGCCGCAAUGACUACAUGCUGGCAUGUCACUGUUAUGAACAGGCUGUGAAGAUACUUGAAUCACCAUCCAAGGAGAAACCCGAGACAGACAGUGAGAUAGUAAAACAGAUGGAUGACAUCAGACUGAAGAGUUAUAACAACAUGGCUGCUGCUCAGCUCAAGGCAAAGAACUAUGACACAGCCAAGAAGUCAUGUGAGGCAGUCCUGGCCAUCCAUCCAGACAACGUGAAGGGGCUCUUCAGACUUGGAAAGGUGUAUGCUGGGAAGGGAAAUCUGGACAGAGCCAUCAGCUGCCUACGGAAGGCUAUUAGUCUGGAGCCUGAAACCAAGAUCAUCCACAAUGAACUGUCCAAACUAGUAAAGCAGCAGACGUCCCAGAAGGAGAGAGAGAGACACAUGUACCGGAAAAUGAUGGGAGACAUCGGCAACUCUCCUAGUGCUGGUGGUUCUUCAGCAAAUAUGUGGAAGUGGGGUGUGGUGCUGGGGGCCUCGGCUGCUGCCCUGUGUGCCAUCGGGCUGGGAUUUGUCAUGGCCAGACCCUGAGCAGUCGGACCAGACUACACAGAGACAGUUAUCAUCAGGACAACUUGGAUUAUUGAUUGGCCCAUUGCAAAUCUGGUCAACUAGGCCCAAUGCCCAGGUCAACUUGGUCCAACAGCCAAUGCCCUGUUUAACUCGGCCCGAAACCCUGGGCCGGAUAUUCACAAUAGACAACAGAAUAAAAAGCAGUGUCCUACAUUUUCUCAUAAACGAAUAUUCUGUUUAUUUUGUCCGGCAAGUUUGAACUGUUGACUUCUGGUGGCACUUAUAGAAGCAAUCAAUGCGAGUUUUAGAUUUUUAUAGAGACCAAAUAUCUUUGUCAGACAACUUCAACAGUUGACUUUUGGGUUUUUGAAACUUGAAAUAGAUAUCUUUCAUUUCCAAUGAUCAAGUGCCAAUGACUGCAGAGAAGACUGUGUGUGACUGUUUGUUACCUUCAGUUACUAGUAGUUGCUGUCUCUGGAUAUUGGGCCGAGUUGACCAGUGGGCUGAGUUGACCAGUGGGCUGAGUUGACCAGUGGGCUGAGUUGACCAGUGGGCUGAGUUGACCAGGGUGUUGGGCCGAGUUGACUGGGCCGAGUUUGAUUCGUCUAACAUUCGUGGAGAUCAUAUAGAGGAAUGAUCUACAUUAUAGAAACCCACCACACUGUCCCAGGGAUAGAGAAUCGAGGAUUAUUCUGGUUAGCGUGUUGUGUGAAUGGCAAACUAUUUUUACGUCCAAGGUUGACAUGACUUCUGCUGUUUGAUGAUUGUAUUCAUGUUCAAAAUAGACUUUUGUAGAAUUUGUUGCUCUGCUAUGCAUUUGUAUUUAGUGCUCUAUCGGGAAUUGCAAUUAGAAAUCCCUUGAUGUUGACUGAAGUCUAGAUAUUGUAGUGUAUGUGAGAAACUUGAUCUUGCCAUCAUGUGCAAUUACAUAGCAGUAAUUAAAAGAGCUAUGAUGCAUUGUUUGAAGAAAAAUGUAUAUUUUUCCAACAAAGAACAAUAAAACCUCUUAUCUUGCCAAGCUUUGUUAUUAAAAUGGCAAUUAUACUUACUUAUCAAUAUAGAUACAGAUAGGAGAUUUACACAUUCCAACUGAAAAUUACUUACUAUAGUAUUCAUCAAAAAUUACUUUCUCUUGGUGUCCUGUACCUUUCUGAGGCCAAACCAAUUCAGGUUUUCUUGAAAAAAAAAUCUAUACAUGGCAAGAAAGAAAUUUUUGGCUCUGGUUUACAAUAUAUUUUCAUAUCUAAGUGCUUUUCUCUGUAUUUUUUUUUCUCGACUGACAGUUUCAUAUAUUUCAGAACUGAUAUUACUAUUUUCACUAUACCAAGCAUGCUAGAGAACUAUGAGCUUGCCAAAUAUAAACACCAUGUUUUUAAGUUGGCUGUGGGAUUAUUGCUUGUUACAGACUGCUUUGUUAGGUUAUAAAAAGGUAUAUGGUGCAGUGUGAUAAAUUGUAAAUGGUCUUACAUAUACAGUGUAUAUACAAAUGUAUGUCGAUUAGUGAGAAAAUGUGUCCACCUUUUGAAAGAUGUGAACAGGUUUAACUGUUGUUGAUAACGUUAUUAUUACACGCACAUCUAUGUAUACUGCAGGCUGUUGUUAGUAUAUUAAAUAUUUGCUGAUGUUUGAAUGUCAUCUAUUAAUGUAAUAAGGUGGACGCAAGCGCCUAUAGCUUGUACCUGUAUUGGAUGAUUUGUUGUCAGUUUGAGAACUACGCAUACUUUAAAUUUGUAGCAUACAAGUAACAUCACAAUGUAUAAUGAAGAUUAAAAUACAAUGAUUUUAUCUCAGCAAUGUCGUGCUCAGUGCCAUGUAAACUGUGCAGAUCUUAUAAAGGUGCCAUUAUGACCACUCUUAGUGCAGUACAUGAGACCAAGGAGGCGUCUGUGAAAGUUAUAGCCUCCCAUUUGUGAGACAUCUGUAAUACAUGCUAUGUACAUGUACAUGCCAAAUUCAAUGCCCUUUAAAGCAUUGAUGAGAUUUGUUCUUACAUAUUUUUUUCCUUACAACAAACCAUGGCGAUUGUCAAAUAAAGCUGUUUUUGACCUUAGAAGUGUCAUAUAAUGUUGAUGUAUCAUGUGCUGAACAUACAUGUAGGGGAGUUAGGAAUUCAUAGCACACAUACAGGACUAAAAUAAACGUUAUUGUUUGUAUUGGAGCUACAGUCAAGAUAAGAUAACCCCCAGUCCCAUUCUAUGUUUGUCCCUCAAGUUUGCAAAAAGAUAAUGUACAUAUGAAGCAAAGCAUCUUUCUCUACUCCCCUUCUAGAAAUUGUCACCGAUGCUCCCAUUUCUUGGCAAAGGUAACAAUAUUCUGGAUGAGGAAAUCUAAUAUUGACACUUAUUACCAUUUCUUAGUACA